UUCAUAACUGGUGGACGAUGGAGCUUCUUGUAAAUGUAGGAAAAUGGAUAGAAGAAAACAGAACUGCCUUUUUGCCACCUGUGUGCAAUAAGCUUAUGCAUCGCCAUCAGUUAAAUGUGAUGUUUGUUGGAGGACCAAAUGAAAGGAAGGACUAUCAUAUUGAAGAAGGAGAAGAGCUUUUUUACCAGCUUAAAGGAGAUAUGUGUUUGAAGAUAAUUGAAAAUGGGAAACAAAAAGACAUCGUCAUCCGAGAAGGGGAGAUGUUCCUCCUACCUGCUAGGAUACCUCAUUCUCCUCAGAGAUACGCGGACACUGUAGGUCUUGUGAUUGAGAGGAAAAGGUUAAAGACAGAAAUGGAUGCACUCAGAUACUAUGUUGGAGAGUCAACUAAUGUCCUCUUUGAAAAAUGGUUUCACUGCGAAGAUCUCGGCACUCAACUUAGGCCAAUAAUUCAAGAGUUUUUCAAUUCAAGACAAUACCAAACUGGAAAACCAAAUCCAG